UUUGUGAAAUUCAAUUCCCAAAGCAUUCGAGUCGAGCAAGCGGCCCCACAAAUUCCACGUACAGUAAACACAGAGACGCGUAUGCAUGCAGCAGCAGCAGCGCCGGCAACAGGUAGCCACAACAACAACAACAACAACAACAGCAAAACCGAACGCACAGCGUGACAUUUGCAGUAACAGCUGACGCGGACAACAACAGCAAGAGCAAGAGCAAGAGACAACCAAUCGCGAAUUGCAGUGAACAACGGGCCUAGCUACUUAACGGAUUCCGUGUAUUUUUCGAGGCAUGUCUGUGGACGAUAAUACGCCCGUGCUGCGUGGCUGCAUCAAAUUGCCGCUGGCCACGGACGAGCUGCUCGAGGUGACCGCCAAGGCCAAGGACUAUGCGAUUAUGCAUGGCGCCGCCAUGCGUUCCAAGACCAGCUUCAGUCCGGACUCGCUAAAUUUUGCGCCCUUUGUGCUGGUGCCCUCAUCCUUUCCGCGCAAGGAGUUCGAAAAGGCGAUCGCCCUGCAGCCGAUCAUAAAUCGCCUAAUGCACAAUGUGGCCCACGAUGAGGAGUUCAUAACCACAACGCUGGCGGAGACAAUCAAAGUGGAUGAGUUUACGGCCAAUCUGUUCAAUAUCUAUCGCAAGGUGCUCGCCCAUGGCUUUACCCAGCGCAUCUCGUUGGGCAUGCUGCGCAGCGAUCUGAUGCUGGAGUCCCGCUGCCCGGAGCUGUCGCCCCUGUUGGACUCGAGCGCUGGCGGUGGCGACGACGACGAUGUGGAUGCGGAUACGGAUGCGGAUGUGGAGGAGCAGGAGCAGCGGCGGGCAAAGGACGCAAAGGCGAAAACCAAAACCAAGGCAAACCCGGCCAAAAUUGGCGGGCGCACCUCAUCGGCCUAUUGCUGCUGGAAACAAGUCGAGAUCAAUACGAUAGCAUCGGGUUUUGGCCAUUUGGGACCAGCAAGUAAAACCAUACAAAGCUUCGUUUUGCGAGAACUGGGACAUGCCGAGAAGCUGCAGCGCAUGCCGAAAAACGACGCGCUGGCUGGCCUGUGCGAUGGCAUGGUCAAGGCUUGGGAUAUAUACGCCAAGCCGCAGGCCGUCAUACUGUUCAUCAUUGAGGAAGUCUCCUACAACAUAUGCGAUCAGCGUUUCCAUGAGUUCUACAUCCGGGAAACGUAUCCGCAUAUCAAAGUGCUGCGCCGCACCUUGACCGAGGUGCAUCGCGACGGCAAGCUGGGCCAGCACAAGGAGCUGCUGCUCGGCAGCACCGAGGUGGCCGUCAUCUAUUUCCGCGCCGGCUAUGAGCCGGGCCAUUAUCCGUCGCAGGGUGAGUGGGAUGCACGCUAUUUGAUGGAGACAUCGCUGGCCAUCAAAUGCCCAUCGAUCCACUAUCAUUUGGCCGGCACCAAGAAGGUGCAACAGGCGCUGGCACAGCCCUCGGUGCUGGAGCGUUUCAUCAACGAUCCGGAGGAGAUGAAGGCCGUUGGCAAAAUCUUUACCGGCCUCUAUUCGCUGGACGACAACGAGGCGGGCAAUGCCAACUAUGAGAUGGCGUUGCGCACGCCCGAGAAAUUUGUGCUGAAGCCGCAGCGCGAAGGCGGCGGCAACAAUGUCUACGGCUUGGACAUUCCAGACGCACUGAAGCGCAUGUCGCGCGUAGAGCGCUCCGCUUGGAUACUGAUGGAUCUGAUACAUCCGCCGUUGUCGCAGGGCUAUAUGGUGCGACCCGGCAGCGCUAUGCCGCCCCAGAUAGUCGACAUGGUGUCCGAGCUGGGCAUCUUUGGUGUCGUCAUCGGCGAUGCCGAGCACAUUGUCCACAACUAUCAAGCCGGCCAUAUGCUGCGCACAAAGCUAUCGACGGCCAACGAGGGCGGCGUCGCCGCCGGCCUGGGCGCCCUCGACAGUCCCUAUCUAAUCGAUUCCGAUGAUGAGGAUGGCUACUUCUAGGCACAGUUGCGCCAUGUAUUCGAUAGAUUAUCCACAGCUAUUUUUGUAAUGCGCGUAGAAUUGUCAAAAUCGGUGCAAUAAAUUCAAAUGUAAAUACCAA